CCCGCUAGCUAAGCUAAACUGAAAGUUGCACCAGCAGCCGCUUCAGCUCCUCCCGCAGCUCUGAGCCAUGUCCCGGGGCAAACUGCGGCUUUUUUCAGGAUGUGAGUGACUGAGCCGUGACUCAGGAAGAUGUAGAAACCCCCACCGCUGAUGUCAACACGGUUCUUUCCUUUAUUAGGCAGAACUUUUUUUGUUUUGUUGUGAGCUCUAACAGGAAGUUCUCGAGUGAAGGAUAUAUUUUAUCUGGUCAGAGAAAAGUGUUCUUGGGUGUGUAAAAUCAUGCUGGAAAAGUUUUCUCGUUGUUUCUCCGCGAAGGAGAAGAAACUUUGUCCCUGGACAUCCGCCGCGGUAGCCGUGGUCGUCCUCGGCUUGUUGACAUCGAGCUGCUGCGCAGAAGAGGCGUCCUGCCACGGAGCUUACGACCUCUACUUUGUUUUGGACAGGUCUGGAAGCAUCGCUCAGGACUGGGGCGAGAUCUACUCCUUCGUCAGGAACCUGACCGACCGAUUUGUGAGCCCAAACAUGAGAGUCUCGUUCAUCGUUUUCUCUGCCCGAGCUGAGGUCCUGCUGCCGCUGACUGGAGACAGAGCCGAUAUUGAAAGCGGUCUGAUGCGCCUGCGGGAUGUGAAUCCAGCCGGUGAAACCUACAUGCAUGAGGGCCUGAAGGAGGCCUCGGUGCAGAUUCGGCAGCAGUCCACCAAAUCCUCCAGCAUCAUCCUGGCUCUGACAGACGGGAAGCUUGAUCCUUAUAUUUACGAACUCACCGUGCAGCAGGCCGAUGAAGCGAGGAAGUACGGGGCUCGAGUCUACUGUGUGGGUAUCAAGGACUUCGACGAGCAGCAGCUUGCCGAUAUUGCGGACUCCAAAAACAACGUGUUUCCUGUCAAAGAUGGCUUCCACGCCCUCAAAGGCAUCGUAAAUUCUAUAUUAAAGCGGUCGUGCACAGAAAUCCUGAGUGUGGAGCCGUCCAGCGUGUGUGUAAAUCAGUCUUACGACAUCGUGGUCAGAGGGAACGGCUUCGCCGUGGGACGUAGCAACAUGGACGUCAUCUGCAGCUUCAUAGUUAAUCAUCAAACCAUCAACCAGAAGCCGAACGUGGUGCGUAACGAUUACCUGCUGUGUCCCGCUCCCGUUCUCUAUGAAGUUGGACAGACUAUGGAUGUUCUUGUCAGCCUGAACAACGGAAAAUCAUUCAUCUCCACCCCCCACUUCAUCACCGUUUCCACGUGUUCUGAUGGAUCUGCGGUGGUGAUCGUCCUCUUGGUGCUGCUGGCUCUUGUGGCUUUAGCCCUCAUGUGGUGGUUCUGGCCUCUCUGCUGCACUGUGGUCAUCAAAGACCCUCCACCACCACCUCCACCUUCCCGUCCUCCUCCACCUGAGCCCGAGCAGCUGCCUAAGAAGAAGUGGCCGACGGUGGACGCCUCGUAUUACGGAGGGCGAGGAGCAGGAGGGAUCAAACGCAUGGAGGUGCGUUGGGGAGAAAAGGGCUCGACCGAGGAGGGGGCGCGGCUGGAGAAAGCCAAAAACGCCAAAGUGUCCGUACCAGAGGACGCGGAAGAGUCGAUGAUCAAACGGCCAACUUCAAAACCCGCCCCCAGCCAUCAGGCUGAACACAAAUGGUACACGCCCAUAAAGGGUCGCCUCGAUGCUCUGUGGGCUCUGAUGAGGCGGCAGUACGACAGAGUCUCCAUCAUGCGUCCAACCUCUGCAGACAGAGGCCGGUGCAUGAGGUUCAGCCGUGUGCCGGAGCAGCAGCAGCAGCACCCCGGCGUGUGAAGCAGCGUGGCGUCCACAGGACUAUUUCAGGGUUGUUAGUAUUAUUUGUGUCUGAAGAUGUGAGCUUGCAGCUGAAAACCACUAUGAAGUUUCACCGCUUUAUCCUCGGCUCCUCAACGUUUGCUGUUAAACAGCAGGAAAAGUGUUAAUAUAAUAAUAAUUAAGUUAUUUACAUCAUCCGACACCAAAUCUUCUUUUGAGGAGAAAUCCCAGAAGUUCCCCCAGGGAUGAGCACAACGCGCCCCAGAACUCAGCUCUCAGAGUUUUUUAGCUUUCCUUUCGCACCGAAGGCCUAACAUAUUCGGACCAUAUUGUGCCGUCUGUGAACAACCUAAUUCUUUGGACACAGACGGAAGCUAUCCACAAAGCGAGGGGGUGGGGGAGAUAGGGGAGUGUGCCUUUGGCGUGGAAGUGGGAAAAAUCCCAGUGGGCCUCACAAGUGCACAAGUCCGCUGCCUUUUGGCAAUGUCUCAUCACGACUCUUCUCCAACUUCGGUGGCGCUGGAAGCCCGGCGGCCGCCCUCUGACUGGCUCAUCCUGUCAUUUUAUCACUGAGAAGUGCACACGCAUGACAAAAUGUAGACAGGGUGCCCCAAGGUGCUGGAAGGCACCAAGACUUUGCCCUUUAGUUCCUUUUCUGUAUUUUUGAAGACACCUUCCCUUCAUUAUGCACUCAGGACAAGGAAUUAAUAGAGCGUUAUCCGACCGCAGGACAGCCUCCCGACCGGGAUGGGCUCCAGCUCCGUUUGAGGGAUUGAUGCCUUCCAGACCUUGACAUGGCGCUUGGUGUUUUCUGCCCUUGUUUCCAUGGCGAUUUGCUCUCUGCUCAGUCAGGACCUAAGAUACGGAUCUGGCCGUAUACCCUGGGAUGUUCCGAGGGGCUCCCGGCCUGCAUCCCAUCCCACUUGUUCUCCCAGCGCUGGAAUAUCAAAGUUUAAUUAAAAUAAUUAAAGACAACAGCCUGACUGGGUUGUCUCUUUUUAUGCCUUUUGACGUUGAAUGACCUAUUACUGCGUUAUUUCCAGCUUUAAAGAGGACACGGCGCCGCGGUGACACGGCACCAUGUCCUGAAACGUAAAGCCAAAGCAACGGAUGCGACGGACGGAUAAGUAUUGUUCAUUUCCAGAAAUUACACCCCCCCGCCUCCACCCAACAUCCCAAAAAGCAGGGGUUAUGUAUUUAUAUUUAUUGUGGACUUCUCAAGCGCGCUGUCAUGACGCCAAUCCCAAAUGAUGUUAGUGUGAGCGGAAACACUGUGGGGGAGGAAAGGGGGCAGCAGCUGAAGAAAAAGGCUCGAAUGAUCUAGUCACUUCGGAUACCGUACUUCAGAUGCAGAAUGGAUAUUCGAGUCGAAACCUGACAAAGCGUGCUGGCUUUGACGGGAAACGGUAUAGACAAUGACCAGUGGCUGGGUCAGUGGGAUGUCUCUGUGCAAGCAGGGAAGCUUAUCACAUGACACUAAAAAUAAGUUCAACAACCAUCAAGUUUCAGGGGAACCAGCGAGUCGCGCGUUGGGAAGGGUGGCGAGACGAGCGGCGGGGCGACUCCCAGGUCUAAUUAUUCCUUUGUUUCCUCUCCAUCCUGAUUGGAGGGACAUAAAUAAUUCUGGAUCCCGUCCUCGGGGUGCGCUGGUAUUCCACUUUUCGCUUCUUGCAUAAUUUUGCAGGUUGACAUUUAGUUAGUCGUUGGGUCUUUAUCUGCCUCUUGUUAGGACUGGAGCGCUGGAAUGAUAUUAACCCCCGUCUAAUGAGGUGUCGCCACAUUAUCGCCCAACAGGGUUUGUGAACACAUGAAAAGAAAAAUGGCUGUUAGAAUGAAAGCUUCUUUGUUUUUCAUGAUUUUAAACCACAGCUGCGUGUUUCCACCGCUCACAUUCAUUUAUGCAUUUUAGCUAAAUAAUUCCUGUUUUUGCUUCUCGGCUCAUUAAUUUGUCACUUGUUAGGUCUGGUCUGCAUGUUUGCAGCUUUUUAUGUCAAACCUUAAAGUCCAGGUUUGAGUCACAAGCUGCAAACCCGAUCACCCGAAAUGAUGUUGUUUUCAUGCGCACUUCAUUUCUGUCAUUGUUUACACUCUAGUAUGUUGAAUCAAAUAAACAAACAACA